AUGAAGCGACCGAACAGUAACGGCGACCUGGGUGAAACUCAUCUGAAGAAAAAAAAAAAGGGGUGGGACACUCUGUACGAGGCGGUGGUGAAUGCGUCGUCCCAUGCGAGCAUAAAGUAUGAUGAGAACGCCCUCGUGAGCAAGGAGCUGCCUGACUUGAACAGCUCCAGUCGCUUCAUCUUCACCCUGUCGUCUACCGGGGUCAUUCCGCGCGAGGAGGUGGACGUCACGAAGAAAAUCCUGAAGCUGUGCAACCUGCGGGACGAGUUCAUAAAGCCCUUCGCCGACAUCGACACGACGUUGGUGGAAAAAAGGAGCCACUCGAAGGACGGCGAGGCGAAGGAGCACGAAGACACCAAGCCGGACGAGCCAAUUUACAACCCUAGCAAGGUGGUCCUUUUGGAGAAGUGUAACGCCUUCCUCAAUUUUGUCGACGGGAUUUUCUUCGUCCACUGGGACCCCCUGCUGGACGAGGGGCCGAAGAGCAGAGACCAAUGCAGCGAAGCGAACAAGCUGGCGGAGCACGCGAGCAUCAAGUCGACGGAGGAGUACCUGUCAGCCAUCCAAGAAAUAAUGGUGGCCGUGCAGGACCCGGCCUGCAAAAGCUUCUGCUAUCAAAGGCUCAAGUACCUGGAGCAGAAAUUUGAUUUCCACCUCAUGUUUAAUGGGUCUCUAGAGUUACGCGAAACAGCUAACAUCAAGCACAGGGACUUUUAUAACAUCAGGAAGGUAGACGCACACGUGCAUCACUCAGCCUGCAUGCAGCAGAAGGUGUUGCUACGAUUCAUUCGAGACAAAUACAAAACGGAACCUAACACCGUGGUGUACAUGACCGAAAACGGGAUCAAAAUGACCCUCAAGGAUAUUUUCGACCAGGAAUUAAAGACAUCAGCAUAUGAAGCUACGGUAGACACACUAGCCGUUAACGCUCUUGGCAGUUGCUUCCACAGAUUUGAUCUCUUUAAUGAUAAGUACAACCCAUUUGGGCAGAAAUUGUUAAGAGAAAUUUUUUUAAAAACAGAUAACUACAUCGAAGGGAGGUACCUAGCCGAAAUUACAAAACAAGAAAUAAAAAAUUUAGAGAAAUCCAAAUAUCAACAUGUGGAGUGGCGUAUAUCUAUAUAUGGACAGAACCCAUCUGAAUGGAAAAAGCUAGCUAGAUGGGUUCUACAAAACAAUCUCUCUAGUGGUUCUGUACGUUGGGUAGUUCAAGUGCCAAGGCUUUACUACGUAUAUAAAAAAAGAAGAUUAAUCAACUCCUUUGCAGAUUUCUUAAGCAAUAUAUUCCAACCCUGUUUCGAAGCUGUAAAGAAUCCACAGGAUAACAGAGACGUCUUCUCCUUUCUGCAGCAAGUCGUUGGAUGGGACAGCGUAGAUGAUGAGUCCGCCAUUUCGAAAUACACAACCAGGGGUGGGGAACUUCCUACACCAGACAAAUACACCAGUGAGAACAACCCACCCUACUCCUACUACGCGUACUACAUGUAUGUUAAUAUAAGGACGCUUAAUGACUUUCUGGUUAGUCGGCAGCUGCGCCCCAUGGCUUUCAGACCCCACUGCGGCGAAAUCGGGAACAUAAGCCACCUGGCCACCAUGUUCCUGCUGGCAGACCGAAUAAACCACGGAAUCAAUUUGAGGAAGUCGCCCGUCUUGCUGUACCUCUACUACCUGAAGCAGAUCGGGCUGGCCGUCUCGCCCCUCUCCAACAACGCCCUCUUUUUGCAGAUCGAGAAAAACCCCUUUAAGCGCUUCUUCAAAAUUGGUCUGAACGUGUCGCUGUCCACGGACGACCCCCUCAUGUUCCACUUCACGGACGAGCCCCUGCUGGAGGAGUACUCCGUGUGCGCGCACAUAUGGAAGCUCAGCACCGUGGACUUGUGCGAAAUAGCGAGGAACUCCGUCAUGCAGAGCGGGUACGAACCAUCCUUCAAGAAGCACUGGUUGGGCACAGACACAACUAAUGGAGUGACCAAUUUUGAGAAUCACCCGGAGAAAACAAACAUACCCAACACGAGGGUGGCGUACAGGAAGAAUACCUUUGAUGAAGAAAAUGAAAACAUUUGGAGGCUGGCGAAUUACGCAAGUGACGCGUGA